AUUCCGCUAAAAUUCUGGUCGGUGUCUGCCUGCACGCAAUGGGACGUGCAAGAGCGAAGACAAGAAAGGCUGUAUCUGCCUCUACGAAGUCUGCUGCAGGAGAAGCCAAAGCAACGCCACCGUCAAUAGCGUCGCUAGUCGAGAAAGCACAGUCUCUAAUCGUACAGUGCGAUUAUGAACUCGCGAAGCGUUUCGUGCACCGCGUGCUCGAGCGAGAGCCAAAUCAUGCAGAAGCAAAAGACAUGUUGGGUGUUGUACAGCUGGAGACGGGGGAGCUUGACGAAGCUCGAAUUACGUUCGAGUCUCUCUUGUCUUCAAAUCCAGCAGCCUCGACGCCUCCUCCUCCCUCCGCACAUCUCUAUCUUGCACAGCUGAACGAUGACCCACACAUGGCCCUCAAACACUAUCAGGCAGCCGUGGAUAUUCUCAUGGCUCAACUGAAAGGCAAAGAGCGCGCCGUUGCGUCCGUUUCCACUGAUGAUGAUGACGAGACCGAGCUCAAGCAAAAUAUUGUGCGGGCUCUGAUUGGUAUGGUGGAGAUUUGGAUGGAUCCCUCAUACGAUCUGUGUUUCGACCCCGCAGCGGAGAAGGUAUGCGAAGAUCUGUUGAACAUGGCGCUACAGACAGACCCUGGAAACACCGAGGCGUUGCAAGCAUUCGCAUCCGUGCGAUUGUCUCAGCAAAGACCGGAUGAUGCAAAAACAUGCCUUGAAAAGGCUUGGACAGCAUGGAAGGACUUAGAGCUUGACGAUCCUCGCCUUCCACCAAUACCAACUCGUCUCGCCCUUGUUAAGCUAUUCCUCGAGCUGUCGCUGUUCACCCCAGCAUUGCUCGUCCUUCAAGGAGUGAUGGCUACCGAUGACCAGGAAGUGGAAGCAUGGUACCUGGAGGGCUGGUGUUUCUUUCUCAUGGCCGAACAAGCGCAAGAAAACGGAGGCAAAUUGGAUGAGCUCUCAUGGGAGGAGCUAGCCCGCGAUGCUAGAGAUUGCCUGGAGACUUGUAAAAUGUUACACAUCAAUCAAGAACAUCCUGAUAAGCCUCUCCUCGAGCAUGUACAAGAACUCAUUGCGAAGCUGGAAGACCUAGAAAUUCAGACAUCUCUAGAGGAUGGUGUAGAUGAUGAGGAGGACAGUUGGGAAGACAUCGAUGGUAGUGAGGAUGAGGAUGAAGACAUCGAGAUGUCGUGAAGUGUUGCAUCCUUUUUUGUUUGCUGCUUUGAGCCGUUUGAUGUAUCUUCCUUCCGCACCCUGUAGCAUACCAAAAGUACUUAUGACAGUUCCAUGCUCUGCUAUGAAGUCCUUCUCGCUCA